CAUUAGUUCGCAGUCUCACGAACAACGAGGCCGAUGAAGGGUGCGACUGAUGAAAAAUAUUCCGAUUCGGAACGACCCUGUGUCGAGAAAUACGCCUUGCAGACUCACCCCGACACCUUUUAACCUUCACUUUCCUAACUAGAUGUUCGCGAUCUUCCGUCUCUUCCUUGCACAGUUCCGACCAGGAAUAAAACCCCAAGAAGGGCGUGAAUUCCUGAAUUCCACACCCGGUCGCCAACAUGCAGAGAUCGUCCACUUCAAACCCUCGACGGUCACUUGACACAGGUGCAAAAAGUUUUCAUAAAAACAUUGGCAAGCCCUCACAAGCACUUAAACACUCAACAAAUCCAUCCGCGUCUAUUGGGAAUCGCAGCAAUUCGAAACCCGAAACACAGCUAUGCAAGACAGCAGGGACAAAUGGCCUAGAAAGGACAGAUGUCAGAACGCACCCUGGAAAUCCGCAACACCAUCAUAGACACCUGGAUCAAUGAUCUUGAGGAACAGAACAAGGCAGUACUGGCAAAACUUUCCUCUGCGGAACAAGGGGUUCUUGAUGUCAGUGACACUGAUCAAUCAAUCAGAACAGCGCCAUUCAGCCAAACAAAAGAAAGGUCCUCCACAAAUCUCAACGGACAAAACCGCACCGGUGCAGGCGGAGUGUCAAUGUCACAAUGCCCCAAAAGCUCGACAUUUUUCGAAGAAGACAAGGACACGAGGAUUGCGGAACUCGAAGGUCACGUCAAGUCUCUGGUGGAACAAUUAGAAUACCUCAACGCGAAAGAAGCUCGCAUGAACAAGGACUGUUGUCCAGCGAGAACCUGUGCAACAGUUUGCAACAGAGAUACCACAACUCAAACGGAUCCCGAAUGCGGGUUCCCAGCAGCAGUGGUGGACGACGAGGAAGUGACUUCGGCAUUGAAUGAAAUCCUCGAAUAUCUUAAUCCCUGCACUUAGAUGGAAGACCUCGUCUGUCAGCUCAAGCAGGACUUUGGAAAGAUCAGGUCAAAGUGCGAAGACCUCCUCGCAACCGACGCGUGCAUCGAACCACCAUCAACAGUGUGGAACAGAUCGUCGUGCGACUCCACGAAGAACAGAGCCGUGAAAGAGUCUUGCGUUCAGCUCGAAGCAAAGAUUGACAAGCUUUCCACGUUUUUGUCGAAUCUCAGCGAGCGGCUGGUGCAGGAGAAAAAUGCAGAGCUCUGCAACAUGACUAGGCUUUUGGACGAGAAAAAUCGAGCCAUUGAAAGACUGCACAAGGAAUUGGACGAAACCCGCUGUUUGAGAUCUUCACCUGGGAACGAGUCCAGAUGCUGCACGUGUGCGGAAGACCCCCUUUCAAAUUCAUGUAUCCAUCCCGGCGACACGCAACAAACCGCUCGUCAAAUAGAGACCCUCAAAACGGAAGUCCGCGAAAUGCGCCGGAAACUGUCAGACGUCAAGGAAGAAAAACGCGUGCUUCAAAUGAACCUCGCUUCCCUCAGGUCCAGUCACGACGCCCUUUCCCAAGAAAUGGAAGGUUCCCGCGACGACGAACUCUGUCUCACGACGCAAAUCGCCGACCUGGAAGCCAAAAACGAAACCCUGGAGGCCAAGGUGGAAUGUUUGUCCAAGUCGAAACGGUGCGCGGAGGAGAAGAUGCGCAAACUCAAGGAAACGCAAGACUGUCAAAACCAAGAGCUGUCUCGAUACAAGGCCAAAAUCAUUGCCCAGAAAUCCGAGCUGGAAGACGUUACUCACUGCUUACAAAAGCUGCAAGACGACAUCAAUCACUGGCAAUCGGAAGCGGAACGUAGCAAAGAUAAUUACUCUGACCUUCAAAAUCGUUACAAAGAGCUGGAAGGCGAGCUUUGCAACACUCGUAAGGACAGUGAAAGGCUGUUGAACGAUAACAGGGAAUUGGAGAAACGCUUGCAAACAUUUCACGAGGAAUUGUGUACUAUGAAGAAGGAACUGUGUUCUUAUAAAAAUUCAAUCUCCGAACUGACGGAUGAAAACAGGCAGCUGUCUCAACAAUUGCGGGAGAAUGACGGUAACAUUUCGCGCAACUCUGAAGUUCUCGAAGAUAAGAUGACGCGACUUCAGGAUAUUGUGGAAGAAAAAUCCUGCAAAAUUCAGCACCUUCAACAAGAAAUUCAGACAUUGCGUGACCACAACUCACGCUUGGAGUUCGAGCUGAACGCGUCAACACAACGUCUGAAACAAGCCAAACUAAAGCACGAGGAUGCGGAGACUCGUUGUAACCGUAUCCAAGCAACACUCGACACCGCUGCAGACGCCGAAGUACAGCUCAAGCAAAACCUCGAAGAAGCCCGUUGCCAAGAACAGAAACUCAUUCUCAAGCUCUCACAAAUUGAAGGCAAUCAUUGCGAAAAAUCCAAGCUCCUGGAUCGGCUACAAAAGGAGAACCAGCGUCUCAUGAAGAUCACCGAGAAGUCACAACUCAGUGUCUCAGACCAGCUUUGCGCUCUUAAGGCCGAGAUAAAUAACCAGAGUGAUCGUUACGCCCAACACGAACAACAACACGCCAUUGAAAUGCAGCAACUCCACGCCGAGCUGGAGAAAACCACGACUGAAAAGUGCAGAUUGUCCAAGGAAUUGACAGAAACGAAAACGCGAUUACGGACUAUGGAAACCAACGCGAGCAUGGCGCAGAAAUUCCGCAGCGAACUGUCCAGCGUUCAGUGCCACGUAGAGCAGGUCGCUAGGCAGAAAUGCGAAGCCGAAGCGCACUCCAUCAAGGCUUCACGAAAACUCAAAGCUCUGCAAGAUCAGAUCGAAGCCUUGUCCGAGGAAAAGCAUAAACUCACUUCAAAGAUCGUCUCACUGGAAACUUCACUGGAUUUGGCGCAAAAGUGCACUCCGAAAGAGAGCAAGCACACGUCGCGGGAGAACGAGAAGAUUCUCGCCGGCUUGCGGAAAAGCGUCGCCGAAUUCGACUGUCGGUGUCGAGGACUCGUCGAGGAAGUAGAUCGCUCUCGUCGGCAACGUAAGAUGCUCCUUAAGGAAUGCGAGAACCGGACACAAGAGCUCACAGAGGCACAAGCCACUAUCACAGAUCUGAAGAACAAACUCCGCGACUCGAGAAAAACUAUCACUGACCUCACCAACAAGUCGUGCGCGUACAAACGCAAGCUCGAUUCACUCACUGAGAAACUCAAAGAACACGAAACACUGUUCCGCAAAAUGCGAACUCGAGCUUUCGGAUCGUGUCACAAAAAACCCAAGAUUUGUCGGUCAGCGUCAGACGAUUGUCUCCUCUCUGGCACAGAACAUGCCGACUAUGAUCGCAAGUGUUUCUCACUGUCGAACGAAUGCUUCGAUUCGCCGUGAUUACCGACCCUUCAUCUGCCAUCCGUCUGAUGGACAGUUAUAUUUUUUCCAGCUUUGCUUUCCAGGUGAAAACUCUUGGUUCACUUUCGUGACGAAAAGAGACACACGCCACGAUCUCACUCGGAAUGGAAAGUUUCAGAUUCAACUUCUCCACAUCACUGAAAGAAAUACACACUGUCAAAUUGAAA